UCUUGAGUUGUUAUCCGAGUUAUAUAGCCGAUGCUCAAUGCCAACGGCUAAUUCUCUUGUCGAAGUUGUGCCAAUGAGCAUUCCUGAGCCGCCACCAUGGAAAAAAUCUUCAAAGCAUAAGGCCAUACAAAAUUUAACCCCUCAUAGUUCUGUUAUCUAUGUCUAUCAAACAAAAUUAGGAGAUUCAUUUCGCAAUGUUGCAGUGACAUGGUGCAAAAACCUCAUAGAACAUUCUCUUUCCAUGAGCGUCGAAGAACCAUCUGAAGAAAACAAAUUUACCUGCAAGAUUGAUUUAGCAUCCGGACAAUCUUGGGGAAAAAAAGGUCUCAAAUCCUUUGAAAUAGAAGGUGCAAGAGUAGAUGUCUAUUGGGAUUUUCGACACGCAAAAUUCUCCACAAAUCCACAGCCUUGCUCAGGCUAUUAUGUUGCCUUGGUUUACAAGAAAGAGGUACUUUUGUUACUUGGAGAUUUAACGAAUGAUGCUUAUGUGCGAACCAAAUCAAAACCAUCCUCAGAAGAAGCUACAUUGUUAUGCAAGAAAGAGAAUGUGCAAGGGAAGAAGUUGUUUUGUACAAGAGCCAUGCUAGAGGAGGGUAAACCAGAACAUGAUGUCGUUAUCGAGACUUCCCUUUCUGGACCUGAUGAUCCAGAAAUGUGGAUUAGCAUAGAUGGAAUGUUGGCAAGUAGAAUAAUGAACCUGAAUUGGAAAUUUAGAGGAAAUGAAAUAGUAAUGGUGAAUAAUUUACCUGUGCAAAUCUUUUGGGAUGUGCAUGAUUGGUUGUUCAAUGACCUUGGUUCAGGCCCUGCCGUGUUUAUUUUCAAGCCAGGAAUUUUGGAAACAGAUGAUUCUAAUAGCAGAGAAUGCACAGAAAGAAAUGAGGAUAGUGGUAGCUAUGACUUAGUAGAUGAGAAUUCAUCCACCAAAAGUUUUCUUCACUUUCUGUAUGCUUGGAGAAUGGAUUGA